AUGAGCGCACCUCCCUGCAGCCGUAUUUCCACUACCCUCAACGUUCCCACUCACUUCCGCUCCUCCCCUCUCCCCCCCCCCUCUCCCUCCCCCUCUCCCUCCCCCCUACCCCUCCCCACGCCCCUCCCCCUUCCCCAUCCCUCCCCCAGCGCCUUCCUCUGGAGCCCUACUUCUACUACAUGGGCAACCGGCGCGGCAUGCCUUCUGCCCCGCGCACUCCCCCUCCCCACACACCCCCGCUUCCCCUCCUAUUCUCCCCCCCCACCCUGUCAGCAGCGCGUGUCCCUGGAGCCCUACUUCUACUACAUGGGCAACCGGCGCGGCAUGGGCGCGUACGGGGUGGAGUUCCGCGAGCCCGCGCACGGGCUGCAGGGGGAGGGCGACCUGGCGGGCGUGGGGGUGUACGCCGCAAGGGACAUCGACAGCCGCGGGGGCGCGCGCGUGGUGAUGGAGGUGCCGCUGCCGCUCAUGCUGAGCGUGUCGAGGGACCCCCCCUGGAUGUUCCACCCGGACAUCGUCCCCAUGGGGCACCCUGUCUUCGACGUGAUAUCUGCUGCUGAGGGGGAGGCCAACUGGGACCUCCGACUGGCCUGUCUGCUGCUCCUAGCGCUGAACUCCUCACCGGCCUCGCGUGGGCGGGAGGACGCGUACGGGUCCAAGCGGCCGCACUUCCUCACGGAAUAUGCUGACUUCCUGCCCUCGCCGCUGGACUGCCCCUCGCUGCUACUCUCCUCACAGGAGGAGCUGGCAGCGCUGCAGGACGAGGGGCUGGCAGAGGAGGCACGGCAGCAGCAGCAGCGAGUGAAGGCAUUCUGGCGAUCACACUGGGGGGUAUGUGUGUGGAGCGCACUGGGGGGUAUGUGUGUGGAGCGGACUGGGGGGUACGUGUGUGGCGCGCACUGGGGGGUAUGUGUGUGGAGCGCACUGGGGGGUACGUGUGUGGAGGGUGUGUGGGCAGUGUAUGUGGGCCUCUCACCCUUGCACCCCUCUCUGCCGCACUCCACCCCUCCACACCACCAGUCGGAUUCAUCACCGCAUCAGCUGCAGCGGCUGGCACCCAGCGAGGCGGACAUGCUGUGGGCUGUGGGCAUAGUGCAGAGCCGAGGGGGGGUGAGGCACACUCCCAUGGGCACCGUCAAGACCGACACGCACAUGCUGCUGCCCUACGCUGACAUGCUGAACCAUUCGUUCAGCCCGCUGUGCUCGCUGCACUGGCGCAAGAGCGACCGCGUCAUGGAAGUGCGCGUGGAUGCCGGCCACAUCGUGCGUGCUGGCACUGAGCUGACCAUAUCAUACGUGCCCAAGGCAGACAACCGCGCUCUCAUGCGCUCCUUCGGCUUCUCCAUCACUCACGUGCGUGCCCAUCACUCACGUGCGUGCCCAUCACUCACGUGCGUGCCCGUGCCCAACCCUUGGGAGCAAGUAACUCUCGCCCAUGCUACACCUGCUGCACCACCAUCUCUCACCUCCUCCUCUCCCUCCACCUCCACCGCCCCCUUCACCCCUCCGUCACACCACAUUCACCGGGACAGCUUCCUCUCGGCUUUUGACCUCAUAGCCACCGAUGAUGACUAUGACUAUAACCCCGGCGACUCUCCUCCGGACCCCUUUGUGGACGGGGCGCUCGUGGCGGCGCUACGCUGCCUGCCCACGUGGACCAAUGGCGACGUGCCAGCUGUCCCCUCGGAGGAGCUGCAAGCCGUGCGCUGGCUGCAGCAGCGAUGCUGGGAGCAGCUGGGGGCGUUCCCCACAACGCUGCAGCAGGAUGAAGCAGUGCUGGGUGAGUUGGGCGAGGAGGAAGGAAGCCUUUUUUUCUUUAGGUAG